AUGGGCGUGAUCAAGAAGAAGACGGGCACGCGGGGUACAGAGGGUGGCAUCAAGUAUGUUUGCGACGUCUGUUCAUCCGACAUCACGUCGACUGUUCGUAUACGAUGCGCCGAAGACGUCUGCCAUGAGUAUGAUCUCUGUGUCCCAUGCUUCUCCGAUGGCAAAGCCACACGAGAUCACCAGCCUGCGACGCAUUCCUUCCAAGUCAUCGAACAACAUUCGAUACCUAUAUACACCGAGGACUGGGGCGCAGACGAAGAGCUGGCACUACUCGAAGGAGCAGAAACAUACGGCUUGGGAUCAUGGGCAGACAUUGCGGACCACAUUGGUGGCUACCGGGAGAGGGACGAGGUGCGCGACCACUACAUCGACACCUACGUGAACAGUUCAAAGUUUCCCCUGCCAGAACACUGCAGCAAAGACGAUGCCGAGCUGAGCACGCGAAUACGGCGUGAUGAAUUUCAGGCAAACAAGAAGCGAAGGAUUGAGCAGAAGAAAGAAGCAGCCGCAUCUGCACCUCCAGCUACUCCCAAGCAGAAGCCUACAGCCAGUGUGCCAGCCUGUCACGAGGUCCAAGGAUACAUGCCGGGUCGCUUGGAAUUCGAGACCGAAUACUUCAACGAAGCCGAAGAGGCCGUCCAGCACAUGUCGUUCGAGCCCGGUGAUGGCAUCAAUCCCAGGACGGGAGAGAUGGAGCCCGAGAUGGAGUUGAAGAUGAUCAUCAUGGAGAUCUACAAUUCCCGGCUGGACGCUCGAGUGGAGAGGAAAAAGAUCAUAUUUGAGCAUCAAUUGCUCGAGUACCGCAAGAACCAACUGGCGGACAAGAAGCGCACCAAAGAAGAGAGAGAUCUCAUGAACAAGGCAAAACCUUUUGCGCGGAUGAUGCAGCAUAACGACUUUGAGCUAUUCUGCAAAGACCUCGAGUACGAGCACAACCUCCGCCAGGCCAUAUCCCAGCUGCAGGAGUGGAGGAAUAUGCAGAUUACAAGUCUGAAGGCGGGAGAAAAGUACGAGCAGGAAAAGCAACAACGCCAGACUCGACCGCCUCCCCUUGGUCAGUUUGAUCGUUUGGCUUCCAGUAGGCCUGGAAAGCCUACACCUCCAUUCGAACAACCCCAUGCAGCCACCGCUUUGCUCGCCCACGACCUGCCCCUACACGUCAAGCAGAGCAGUGGUCUUAGCACACCACCGCCAGAUGCCAAUGCCACCAAGGUCAAGUUUGUUCCCAAGGCUCUGCCUAAUACGGUGCCUCUGAAAUUUGGCAAGGAAUCCAAGGCGGACCUCCAGCUCCUCACUCCAGAAGAGAUUGACAUAUGCAGCACGCUACGCAUUAUGCCCAAGCCAUUCUUGGCACUGAAGGAAAUUCUUUUGCGAGCUGCUAUCAACAAUGGCGGUGUAUUAAAGAAGAAGACCGCCAGGGAACUGCUAAGAAUUGAUGGUGCAAAGGCGGGACAGUUGUUUGAAUAUAUGGUGCAUAGUGGUUGGAUCGCGAGGGGCUAA